UUCGUACUCGAUAAUACCGAUUGUGAUACCGAAGUACCGAUUAGGAUACCGAAGUACCGAUUGGAAUACCAAAAUAUUUAGAAAUUGAGAUUGGAAUACCAAAAUAAUUUAGGAAUUGAAAGUGAGAUUGAUUUUACGGUAUAUUUCGGUAUUUGGUAUUGGGAUACAAUACCGAUUUCGGUUUCCACACUUAAUCGGCCGUCCGUGUUUUUUUUCCGAGCCAAGUCGCGUUCAUGUUUAGAGCUUCUCUCUACGUGUACCUACAAUCAUCACAACACAUACACAGCAUCUCGGCCGUCCGAUGAGCAUAAUAAACGAUCUCCCACUUUCCGGUAGAACGACCCAUCGCUCUUCUACGUGGAGACUACGAUAAUCACGAACACCUUUGCCGCCUCCACCGUCAGAUCUCCAUCAUAAAAAUCAUUUCCCCGUCUCUCAGACGGCAUAGCGAGCGAGCUCUCCAUUUUCACCUCAUUUUCCUUCGUUAAAUUCCUUCCUUCCCUUCUUUCACACCCCGAUCGAUUCCAGACCGCCGGAACCAUCACCGGACGCCUCCGACGUUUUGCCCAUAUGGUAAGUCUCCAGAGCUCGCUCUCUUUUGUCGCAGUUUGGCUGUAGAGGUCGUCUCUGGCUCAGCUUUGGAUCGCUAUUGAUCUUAGGGUUUUUGGAUUUUUGCUCUUCUCAUUUCUUUGCCUGUUCGACGAUACUGAUGAAUUGAUGGCUGCGUGGGUAGAAGUUGGAUCUCGGUUGUAUCUGCUACUGUGUUUAUGGCAUUCGUGUGAUAUCAAAUUUCUGAAUUGCGAGUAGUAUUAGGCGUUUUCCCAAUACUUAGUUCCAGCGAACGUGUCGGUGGUUAUCAGGAGACGGCAUUGAGAGUAUCUCAAUGUUUGGGAUAGCCUGUAGUAUACUGAAGCACUUGGCUUUGCCGAAAUUAACAGCAGUUUCUGCCUUGACUUUAAGAAUCCAGGUUGAAAAGUUUCUGAAUCCUGGUAUAUUGCUACGGACCUUGGUAUCAGUUCUUUUGCUUGAUCAUCUGGUUAGCUCGAUUUGUAUGGAACCACUCCCCUUUGCCAGUGUUCUAUGGUAUUAAUACAUACAGAGUGCUGAAGUAGGAUAGUGACAAUCAGGUUUUAAGUGGAGCUAUAUGUUUGUGUUUGGCUUGGAAGAAGAUGGUAGGAAGUGGAAUUGACAAAAGCAAGUACUGGGGAGUUCUCUAGUAAAUCGGUCUAAGAUGUUAUAUAAACUUCUAAAAUUGAGUUGAGGUUUAAAUUGUGGCUUUCCCCCAUGACUUAGUUUCAUGUCAUCAGAAGUCUUUGAGAGAUUUUAUUUUUCCUGUGUUCUGAAUUGUGAUGGACGUUUAUGCUGAGGCAGUUGUGGGACUUGAAAGCAAUUCCAGCAUUGAUGGGCUUUUUAAUCUUUAUUCUAAAGAAUAUGGACUGAAUAUCAUGCCUCAUAUAUUGCUAGGAAAUUUAAGCACCAGUUCUGUUUGUUGCUUGAUCAUUCAGCCAACUUUAAGCUCUAUUUCUGCGUGAACUCUACCCUAUUUGAUGGUUCUGCUGUAGAUUUGUAUCCAGAGUACUGAUAUAAGGCUGGUCGGCAGGCUUAACUAGAGCUAUGUGUUCUUUCUUUUUUCUGCACAGGCACCCAUUAGGGGCAUCCUUUCGAUGCGGAGAGCAGUGUUGGCUCAUCAUCAAGCUAACAAACUCCCUCUAGCCUUCCGAUCAUUAAGCACACAAGCUGCAAGCAAUGCCAGCACACCACAGCCACCUUCACCACCACCACCACCUCCUGAGAAGACCCAUUUCGGUGGCUUGAGUGACGAGGAUCGCAUCUUCACCAACUUGUAUGGACUCCACGACCCUUUCCUCAAAGGUGCAAUGAAAAGAGGUGACUGGUACAGAACCAAGGACUUGGUCCUCAAGGGCACCGAUUGGAUAGUCAACGAAGUAAAGAAAUCCGGCCUCAGAGGUCGUGGUGGGGCUGGUUUCCCCUCGGGACUCAAAUGGUCAUUCAUGCCCAAAGUCUCUGACGGCCGCCCUUCCUAUCUGGUAGUCAAUGCCGAUGAAAGUGAACCGGGAACUUGCAAAGACAGAGAAAUCAUGCGUCAUGAUCCCCACAAGCUGCUCGAGGGCUGUUUGAUUGCUGGUGUAGGAAUGAGAGCUCGUGCUGCAUACAUCUACAUCAGGGGUGAAUACGUAAACGAGCGUAACAACCUAGAGAUCGCAAGGAAAGAAGCGUAUGCUGCCGGACUUCUCGGCAAAAACGCCUGUGGAACAGGUUACGACUUCGAUGUUCAUAUCCACUAUGGGGCUGGUGCUUACAUUUGCGGAGAAGAAACCGCUCUUCUAGAAAGCCUUGAGGGGAAGCAAGGCAAGCCAAGGUUGAAGCCGCCUUUCCCUGCCAAUGCAGGACUCUACGGAUGCCCUACUACAGUGACAAAUGUUGAGACAGUCGCGGUCUCUCCCACUAUCCUCCGACGUGGGCCUGAGUGGUUUGCUAGUUUCGGAAGGAAGAACAACUCUGGAACAAAGCUGUUCUGUGUCUCUGGCCAUGUGAACAAGCCAUGCACAGUUGAGGAAGAGAUGAGUAUUUCCUUAAAGGAGCUCAUUGAACGACACUGUGGUGGGGUCCGCGGUGGAUGGGACAACUUGCUGGCUGUUAUCCCAGGUGGAUCUUCGGUCCCGUUAUUGCCAAAACACAUAUGUGAUGACGUGUUGAUGGAUUACGACGCAUUGAAGAAUGUGCAAUCGGGAUUAGGAACAGCGGCGGUGAUAGUGAUGGAUAAGUCUACAGAUGUUGUUGAUGCGAUUGCUAGGCUGUCGUACUUCUACAAACACGAGAGCUGUGGGCAGUGUACUCCAUGUAGGGAAGGAACAGGGUGGCUGUGGAUGAUUAUGGAGAGGAUGAAAGUUGGAGAUGCGAAGUUGGAAGAGAUUGAUAUGCUUCAGGAGGUGACUAAGCAGAUUGAGGGGCAUACUAUCUGUGCUCUGGGUGAUGCUGCUGCUUGGCCUGUCCAAGGACUAAUUAGACAUUUCAGGCCGGAGCUCGAGAGGAGGAUCAGGGGGCGUGCAGAUAGAGAGUUGCUGCAGGCUACUGCUUAAAGUUCUAUAAAGGUUUGCUCCUGCAUCUCUGCUUACUUCUGUCCCAAAUGGUAUCUUUUACUUAUCCAAUAGCCUAUCCAUUGCUCUGCAUAACUAGUCUGGUUUUGGUACCCAUAUUUCCAUACCCACUUGAGGUUCAGGAUGUAAAUCAAAUCCUGAGCUACGCCUUAUUGGAUACAGGGUAAUUCCAUGUUUACCACUAUAUAUCCCUACAGUUGAGUGUUAUCCUGUGGGAUGUAGCCAGGUUCCUACGGAAUCCACGAAUGUCGAUAUUUUUGUCAUCCCUAGUUUUGAUAUUCUCAAGUCAAGUGAUCAAAUCUGAGUCAAUUGUACAUUGCUGUCAGGAUCAUCAGUCUAAGUGCCUUCUGUUCUGCAGGAAAGUUUCGCUUGCGAGGGGGAGUUGAAGAUCGCGAAAUAAAUCGUACCAACUACAAGUGUAAUUCUCAGGUGGUGUAUUCUCUCGACUGCAGGAGCAGGCAGUCAUUAGUUGCAGUCUUCUUUUCUGUCUGGCAUUUUCACAUCAACUGUUACCAAUUGUGGGUGAUUUCAACAUCCCUGAGAAGAGUUCGCACAUUGCUUCUAUGGCGAAGGGGAUGGUUGUUAUUUUCUUACAUAUAUAUCUUGUUAGUUCUUCUGAAGGAUUCUUUCAAAGUUUGACGCUGUCAAUAAGAUGUGUAAUGGUACAUUAUGAUCACAUCUUGAACGCAUCAUCUUAAGUCUUGAAAUGGAGACAAAGAGAGUCGUGUGGUACUUUGUUUCUCUGAAUCUGUGAGCUUGGUUUUUGGCUGUGACGUGACGUUCCAAGUAAAUGCCUAUUUUUACCAUUUUGGGGUUUCCUACCAGAAUUCGAAUGGACAAAAUUGGACAUGUGCUCAGGUAUGUGAUUAUAUGCUUAUUGGCAGGUGGAGAAUGAUCUGGUCCACGGAAGGUCGAAUAUUAAUGUGACUCACCUGAAUUGAGGAUGAUAAAUAAUCAUGGUUAGGCCGCAUUAAUCUUGAUUCCUAAAAUUUUAAAUUAUCUGGAUUUUGUUCAGAAAGAAAGAGAAAUUUCAUGUCUGGAAUGAAAAUGCAUUUUGUUUGAGUCCAACUGGGUGUAGGAGUGAGACUCGGGAAGAUGGGUCAAGGAGAGUAAGCAAUAGGAGAAUAAUCGUCAACCAAAGAACUGAGGAAACAACGAAUAGAGUUGAGAGGGUGAUAUCUUAGAGAGAGAAGUUGAUAAUUUUUAGAGAUAGAGUCAGAAAAAUCCGAUCCCCUUCACCCACCGGAGUAAAUGCUGUAUUUAUAGGCUACAUGGUGGUGGGUGAGUUACAUGAUGAUAUGGUGACAUGACUACUAUGGUAUGGUGACAUGACUACUGACAUGUCAGAGAUAUAGGCCACCUCCCUACUUAGGAAAAGACCUUUAGCCAUGAUUAUACCUAGGACUAUGAUGGUGACUACCCUUUGAGUGACGCGGCGCCGCUUCCAUGAUUUCUUGGUCAGGGUCCACAUCUGUCCAAAGCGUCGUCGUUCUGUGUCCGGGCGCAGCCUCCGGGCGUGGUCCUUUCUCGCGCACUUGACUCUUGCGUGAGCGCCAUUGGGUGUUUCUUCAGCGCAGUGAGAUCCGAGUCACAUGCCCAACACAUUCAAUUUGAUAUGUCUGAAACCGACUUUGAUUUAGCAUGGAUAAAUUUCAGUAUUUUCA